AACAAAAAAGCCCUACGCCUCCAAAUUCAAUUCACACUGCAUAUUGCUCCUUCGUCUCGUCUCCUGGCCCGUCCUCUUCUCCCUCUCUGCUUCUUCGUCGGUCGUCUUCUUCCUCGUUACUUUUCCCAGAUGAUUCGAUAAUUCCUCAGUUACGCAGUUGUUUCGAAUCUAAUCCUCUCUGGCUGUCCUCGUGGCUCGUGAUACAUAACUCACGUGGUCGUCUAUAUACGUAUAUACGAACUGUCAGACCCUCGGUCUGGUCCCAGAUUUGGUUCGGGCAAAGCAGAGGCGACGAGCGAGAGACAGUUGGAGAAGAUGGUCGGCGGCGGGACUAGGGUUUCGAUGUCUGCGAGCACGAGGAAGAUGAUCCAGAGCAUCAAGGAGAUCACGGCUGGAAACUAUAGCGAGGAUGAGAUUCUCGUAAUGCUCCAUGAAUGCGACAUGGAUCCCGACGAGACCGCCCAGCGCCUCCUUCUCCAGGACCCAUUUCAUGAGGUGAAGAGGAAGCGAGACAAGAGAAAAGAGAACCUUAGUAACAAGGAUGCUGUGGAAUCCCAAUGGGGAUCUAGUGGCCAGGGACGUGGGAACAGGGGUGGUCGAGUUAAUUUUUCUUCUCGCCAUACAGUUCACGAUACUGGCAGUGCAAAGAAUUCUUUCAAAAAGGAGAACGGCUCGAAGCAGGUCACUGAUUCAUCCAUACCAACUUCUCAGAAGACCAAAAAGGAGGAAUCUGCUUCAAGCUUCCCGGCUAUAUUGGACAACGGUUCUACUGGUCUACCCUCUCAAACCUCCAGUGUUCAACAUGCUUCCAACCUCCCAGCUAAUUUUGGCCAACCUAAAGCUACGGGAUCUUCUGUCUCGGCAAACAAGCUGGGUGAGGCAGCACCUUCUGUUGAAUUGACCCAAAAAAAUCAAGGUCCCAAACCAGGGAAUGAACAAACACCUCAAGAACAGCACGCUGGAGAACAUAGGUAUACAGGGAGACCCCAAGGGGUAGGGAAGGUGGCUCUUUCUGAUCCUCAUGGCUCCAGGCCAACAUCAGCUCAUAGCAACAGCACAGGUAGUCGGCCUUCUUCCAAUUACAGCAAUCGGUUGCAGCAGACAGUUGGUCAUCAAAGAGGUGGCUCUGUUAAGGAAUGGAAACCAAAGCCAGUGAACCUUAAUCCUGUCCAGGGUUCUGGGGCAUCGGCUGCAUCAGAAGUUCCUGCAGUUCCAUCCGAGCCCAGUGAGAAAGCAUCUAGUCAAGAAGCUCUUCCUUCAGUCGAGGCAACUUCAAAACUGCAGAAGCAGCUUGAAGACUUGCACAUUCAACAACGUCAGCAUGUUAUUUUUCCAAAUCAUAUUCUUGUUUCAGAGGCUGAACGAACCAUGUUAAGCUUUGGAAGCUUUGAUGCUGGCUUCUCUUUAACAUCAAACAUGGUAACUGGUCCCGAGAAUGAUAAGAGCUCUACUCCUCUCUCUCGGGCUUCUCAUGAUGCUGAAAGAAGCCUUGAAGAGGGUGCAUUCAGUAACCAGAAUGCAUCAAUGACGGAAAAGGAAGGGGAUAUUCAUGAAAACUCUGAGUCACCUUCACAAGUUCAAGAUGAUUUGGCUGUUGAUGGUGUUAUCUCAGCUAGUACUGCUGCAGAGUACAAUGAACCCAAACAAGAGAGCAUUUCGGAGUCUGAAAACCAUCAGAACUCCUCACAUGAUUCCCAAAAUUAUGGUAUUGGACUUCCUCCGGCACUUGGGAGCCAACUUCCGCAAUUUGAGAACACUGAUCCUCAAUCACGUGAUGCUUUCCGUAUUCAAAGCUUUGUGGUUCAACAACCAAUUGAUCCAGCAAGUUACUAUGCUCAGUUCUACCAUUCUAACUCGGACAGCGAUGGGCGUGUUUCUCCCUUUAUUUCCCCAGGGGUUGCCACCAAAUUCAAUGGCAGUGUUACAGUAUUGCCUCCACAUUCAUCUCAAUCUCUGCAAGAGGGUGGAAACACCUUAGUUAUGUCCGCUGCUAGUCCAACUCCGCUGGUUACCCAACCUGCUGGGCUGAUGCAGAACUCUGUACCUGUUUUCCGUCCUCCUGGCAUGCAUGUGUCGCCCUAUCCGCCGAACUACAUGCCAUAUGGACACUACUUCUCCCCGUUCUAUGUUUCCCCACAUUCAGUCCACCAGGUCUUAAGCAACGGUGCAUUCCCACAGCAACCUCAAGCAAGUGGUGGUGUAUUUCCCGCCCCUGGAGCUUCAACAGGAGGCAAGUACUCGCUUCCACAAUACAGGACUGGAACUAAUUCAGGAAGCUUGACAUAUGUCGGUACGCCAAGUGGCUAUGGACCGUAUGGUUCCUCCACAGCCGGUUAUUCUCCCAUUUCUGCUAUGUCAACCGGGAACCCGACUGCUAAUGAUGAUCUUAAUACGCCACAGCUGAAGGAUUCCAAUGGCUACACCACUGGACACCAGGGUAAAGCUUUGCCUGUAUGGAUCACGGGAGGUCGUGAUGUGUCCAACUUGCCACCAAACUCUUUUUGUAACCUACAACACCAGGGCCAACACAUGGCUUAUGCACCAACACAAGCUGGUCAUAUCACGUUUCCCGGUAUGUAUCACCCUACACAGGCAGUAGCAGCAGCGGGCGUUCAUCCGCUCUUACAGCAGUCUCAGGUCGUGGCUGGACCAGAUAUGGUGGCACCCGGGCCGAAUGUUUUCCAACAGCCUCAGCAGACACAAAUGAACUGGCCAAGUAAUUACUGAGGGUAAAGGAAUUGUGUUAAAGAGGUUUCGAAUCCAAUCUUGUGGAUUGUUCUUGGGAGCUCCAAAAUAAGGAUGAGAAGCUGAGGAAAAGGAUAAUAGUUAUCAAACUGUAGAAGAAUUGUGGCCCCUCGCCCCUCGGGUUGAAGAAGGUAUCGGAUGAGAAGGGCUUGACAAUAAUGAUCGAAAAAAGCUCGGAAAGGUACCGUCUUUCCUUAUCGAUUGAUAUAUAAAAUUUAUUUCGUAGUUUCAAGGGUUCUUAGCUCUCUUCAAGUUGUUGUGAACAAGGCAAGAACUUUGAGGAUGAGUCGCUCUUUUCGCUAUUAUUAUCGCCGGCUUUUGGUUCAAGUUUUUUGGAAUAGGGCUCCAAAAGGCAAGUUAUAUAAAGAAGGGAUUUCUGAUCCUCCCUGUUUUUAUCCUCUUCUAUUUUGCCAUGUUUCUCUCUUCAAAUGUAAAGUGGAUUUUUUUAUAGCAAGAGAAAAUGGGGAAUGAUGGUUGAUGAUGAUGUAACACAAGACUCUGUUGUAAUUGAUUCCUGCAUAUUCUGAUCAAUUGUUUGAGUUUUAUUGAAAUGUA